CGCCAUCUUUGUGCGGGGCUGCGCUUCCGCCCGCCCGCGCCGCAGCGGGGACGCGGCAGCGGGGCGGCUGGCAAUGGACCGGCAGGCGCGCUCCCAGCUUCGACUGUGGCUGCUGUUGCUACUCCUGCCCCCGGUACCGGGCCGCCAGAAGGAGUCAGGUUCAAAAUGGCAAGUAUUUAUUGACAAAAUUAAUGGGGCUUUGGAGACUUAUGAGCCAUGUUCAAGUCAAAACUGCAGCUGCUACCAUGGUGUCAUAGAAGAGGAUCUGACUCCUUUCCGAGGAGGUAUUUCCAGGAAGAUGAUGGCGGAGGUAGUCAGACGGAAGCUAGGGACCCACUAUCAGAUCAUUAAGAACAGAUUAUACCGAGAAAGUGACUGCAUGUUCCCCUCAAGGUGUAGUGGUGUUGAACACUUUAUUUUGGAAGUUAUUGGGCGCCUCCCUGACACGGAGAUGGUGAUCAAUGUACGGGAUUAUCCUCAGGUUCCUAAAUGGAUGGAGCCUGCCAUUCCAGUCUUCUCCUUCAGUAAGACAUCAGAGUACCAUGAUAUCAUGUAUCCUGCUUGGACAUUUUGGGAAGGAGGACCUGCUGUUUGGCCAAUAUAUCCUACGGGUCUUGGACGGUGGGACCUCUUUAGAGAAGAUCUGAUAAGGUCAGCAGCACAGUGGCCAUGGAAAAAGAAAAAUUCCACAGCAUAUUUCCGAGGAUCAAGGACAAGUCCAGAACGAGAUCCUCUCAUUCUUCUGUCUCGGAAAAAUCCAAAACUUGUUGAUGCAGAAUACACCAAAAACCAGGCCUGGAAAUCUAUGAAAGAUACCUUAGGAAAGCCAGCUGCGAAGGAUGUCCAUCUUGUGGAUCACUGCAAAUACAAGUAUCUGUUUAACUUCCGGGGUGUAGCUGCAAGUUUCCGGUUCAAACACCUCUUUCUGUGUGGUUCACUUGUUUUCCAUGUUGGAGAUGAGUGGCUGGAAUUCUUCUAUCCACAACUGAAGCCGUGGGUUCACUAUAUCCCAGUCAAAACAGAUCUCUCCAAUGUCCAGGAGCUGUUGCAGUUUGUAAAAGCAAAUGAUGAUGUAGCUCAAGAAAUUGCUGAAAGGGGAAACCAGUUUAUUCUGAACCACUUGCAGAUGGAUGACAUCACCUGUUACUGGGAGAACCUGUUGACUGAAUACUCUAAAUUCCUGUCCUAUAAUGUAACAAGAAGGAAAGGCUAUGAUCAGAUUAUUCCCAAAAUUUUGAAAACUGAACUCUAGUAGUCAUCACCGGGCCAUAGUCCUCUCGAUGGCAGCAGAUCUCAGACAUCCUGUGGUGAGAAGCUCACUGUGAGUGUGACACCUAUACCUUGGAUACUAUUGCGAAGCCAGAUACCUGGUUUUCCUUAUCAUGCUGCACCAAGCGCAACUUUCGAGAAAGAUCCAAAAUGUGUAUAAUACAGAUAUGAAGCAGCUCAACGCUUUGGCUGAAUAAGGACCAGAAAUCAUGAGGUGGGGGUUUUGAACCCAAUUCUGCCUUUCAUUUCUUAGGACCAAUCACAGCUUGUGCCUCAGAUCAUCCACAUGUUAUGUCCAUUACUGUGACACUGACUGUGCCCAUGGGAUGAUGCCUUGUGUCUCAUUGUUUGGAGUAGAGGGUCACUCAUUUGGAAGCACUACAACUCAUCACUGCAGUUCUGCAGUUAUUCUACGCUUGAUUUCUGUCGCUGUAUUUUAAUGUAGAAAGCCCUUUAGGGUUUGUGAAAAAUACUUGGGGAUUAUUUCCUGAAAGGUCUAAGGAAGCAGUAGUGUGCCAUGCAGAGCUCUGUUCUGUAAAAGCCUAAACUCUUUGGUACUCAGGAGGUUUCUAUAAAGCCACGUAGAAAGGGGCCAAUUGCAUGAGUAAUUAUUGCAGUUGGAUUUCAAGUUCCCCUUUUGUGCCUUCGGACCCUUCUUUAUGUUCUCUUUCAAAAAAACAAAAGAUAAAAACCUCCUACUAAAUUUAGAAAAUAGUCCUUUCUUUUUAAAGGAAUUGUGCAUGAAACAGCACCUCUUCCCCAGUCUUCACACAUCCUUAAUAUUUUUCCUCCUUGAGUUGGCAGCAGUCCACACUUGCAGGGAUCUCAAGGAGUCUUCAUGUGUAAAAUGGUGUUAAGUUGGGAGUUUAGAACCUUGAACUUUAGCACUUACAUAUAUAGGAGAUGUUUGUUUUAGUGCAGAUCCAUGUUGGAGUGCUUCCUUUUCCCUUUUUGAAAACGACAUUUGGAUAGUAGUGUAAUCUCUCAGGACGUGCUCCCUAGCAUAGUCGAAAAUGAAGAAAGAAUUUGAGAUUGAAACCCAGAUAGUCUGAUGACUCAGAACCGUCCUUGUCCCUUAGGCCCAAACUUUCCACAGAGAAAUCAGUUCUUUUCCUUUGUCUCUUUAGAACUGUUUGGUAUUAAUUGGUUUCAAAAUUAGUAAAUGUGGGAUUCAGUUAUAUAUAAUCAGGGACUUUAUUCCAUUUAUGAAACAUGUAUUGGGCCUUUUAAACUCCCUUUAACAAAAUUGUAAGCCUGUGGACUUUCUUAGAGAACCUUCUGGUAAGAUCAUUGCAUGGAAUAAGGCAGAUAUUUAAAGUUGGAUUUUUUGGUUUUGAGUGUUAAAAACUCAUGGGGACUGUGUCCAUAGGUGAUGUAAGCCUGGCAAUAAGCAGUCUUGAUUUCUGAAUUGUACUGUGGUUUUGCCUUAUCAAUAGGAGACCAUGGUAGAUAUUAUCAUUCCCUCUAUUGUAAUUUUCUUCUCACUAAACUGGAGCAAAAUUUUCUGUUCUUUGGAUUAGGAGCAGAAGCUUUAUUUCCCUGGGAGUGUUUCCCACUUUGCUUCACGUUACAGCUCAAGCAUCAUCUUCUCUCUCAGAAUCCUUGUUUCCAUUGUUCUAGGCAGUUAGAGGCUAUCAUAAUACUUUGCUCUUGCCUGUAUUAUAUGACAUCACAUUGCGCUGUAGUUAUUUGACUAUUUCUCCUACUGUUCUGUGAGCUUCUUCAUGGGUGGGAAUCAUGUUUUACUUACCCUGAUUUCUCCAUUAUCCAGCACAGUGCCUCACACAGAAGGAUGCACAGAAUGUUGGAUGGAUGGAUGGAUGGAUGGAUGGAUGGAUGGAUGGAUGGAUGGAUGGAUGGAUGGAUGGAGACAGUAGGCUUAACUAAAUCCUAAUUUAUAGACUUCCCAGCCAUUGGCUUCAAGGGGGACUGGACAAGACUGUAAGAAUUGGAUCAAUGCAAAUUCUCACCUGCCCUUUGAAGAAUUAAUAAGAACAUUUUUGUAUUUAAGUACAGCAAAUGUUAUUCAGAUUUUAUGCUUAUUUGUUUACCUCAGGGUAGAUGAUAUGAAGGUGGUGUGUAAUGACAUGUAAAAUGUAUGGUUUUGAAAAUAAUUUUUAUC